AGUGCGGGAGCCCAAGGCCUGCGACCUGUGAUGGAUGAGGCUGGAAUCAAUGAGAGCCUCCCAGUGGACCAGGCUCUCUCCAACUACACCCUGCCUGAGCGCCUGGCGCUCAUCACCUUCCUCUCCCUGGUCAUGCUCAUGAGCGUCCUGGGAAACCUUCUGGUCAUGGUGGCCGUGUGCAAGGACCGCCAGCUCAGAAAAAUCAAGACCAACUACUUCAUAGUGUCGCUGGCGUUCGCCGACCUGCUCGUCUCCGUGCUCGUGAUGCCCUUCGGCGCCAUCGAGCUCAUCCACCAGAAUGGGAUCUACGGGGAGACGUUGUGCCUGGUGCGCACCUCGCUGGACGUGCUGCUGACCACUGCCUCCAUCCUGCACCUCUGCUGCAUAUCCCUAGAUAGGUACUAUGCCAUUUGCUGCCAGCCCCUGGUGUACAGGAAUAAAAUGACUCCCAUGAGAGUGGCUCUCAUGCUUGGAGGAUGCUGGGUAAUCCCCAGCUUCAUAUCGUUCCUGCCCAUCAUGCAAGGCUGGAACAGCAUUGGAAUAACUAAUCUGAUAGAGGCGCGUCGGUCCAGUGGGAGCAGCAACUCGACGGUGUGCGUGUUCAUGGUGAACAAGCCGUACGCGCUGACCUGCUCCCUUGUGGCUUUCUACAUCCCACUGGGGCUGAUGGUGUUGGCCUACCAGCGCAUCUACGUGACGGCGCGGGAACACGCGCGGCAGAUCAGCGUGCUGCAGCGCGCCGGGGGCGCGGGGAUUGCCGGCGCCACCUCGGACAGCGCGGACCACCAACGCAACCACCGCAUGCGCACGGAGACCAAGGCGGCCAAGACUCUGUGCAUCAUCAUGGGCUGUUUCUGCCUGUGCUGGGCGCCCUUCUUCGUGACCAACGUGGUGGACCCGUUCAUCCACUACACGGUGCCCGCCCAGCUGUGGGCCGCCUGCCUCUGGCUGGGCUACAUCAACUCCAUGCUCAACCCCAUCCUCUACGCCUUCCUCAACAAGUCCUUCCGCCGUGCCUUCCUCAUCAUCCUCUGCUGUGGGCACAAGCGCUAUCGCCGGCCCUCCAUCCUGGGUUCCGGGGCCCCCUGCACCACCACCCAGAUCAAUGGCUCCACGCACGUGCUCAAGUACUCCAUCCUGCACAACGGGACCCACACGGAGCAGGAGAAGCUGUCGCUGCAUAACGACACCGAGUCGCAAGAGUCCUGCUUAUGACGGCUGGAGGAUGAGGACGGUCAGAGCCAUCACCCCCCCACGCACACCACCACGAGCCCCGAGCACCGAACAAUCGUCCCCCGGGCUGCACGCCGGCGCCCCCGACCUUUCGCAGAGACGUAUGGAUACUGAUCGCGAGCGGAAGGCACAUUACUCUGCCAAAGCUGUUGAAUAUAACGAGCUGGCUUUGGGGAACACGGGAAACGCACGGCUCUCCUUUGUCUAAUCAAGGGAGGAAAACAGAGGCACAGGAAAAUGUGGUUGUCCUCUCGCCCUCCAGCAGCCUCCCCCCCCCGCCUCAAAUCCGCGCGGAGGGCGGCACCGCUGGCAGCCGCUCGUUUUCAAACCCUAAUUAAUGAAAAGAACGACUCCUGCCGUCGGAAGGAAACGUUAACCGAGCCGAGCUGAUCAAAGGUGGUGCAGCGCCACGGCGGCAUGUGGCCGUCGCCGUCGCACAGGAGGAGUCGCCAGGUUCGGGCCUGUCUCUCGUUCGCCUCCUUCCACUCCCCGCUGC